CAAGCCAUGCUGGUGGCCAGCACUCCGAGGAGAAGAACGCUUUAGGAGCAAUUAGCAGCGAGCUGAAGGCAGCGGCGGCUGCUGCUGCCGCUGCCGCCCGGAGGAAGCCAGGGCAGCUCCCGAGGCUCCCUUCGCAGCAGGCACUGCUCGCUCCAACUGCAAAAGGGUUUCAGAUGUCCCACCGCUGCUUGACCCCCUGCAAAUAAGGGUUGACCACCAGAGGCACAUCCCACCUCUGACUUACCUUUCUGCAUCUAAGAUGGUGAAGAAAGGAGUGAGGAAGAGAACAAAAUAACUACUGGGAAGUCUCAAACCAGCUCUUUUUUCUGAGGGAGGACUCGAAGGAUUAAAAGGCAGCAACUUCUGAGGCGAUUUGUCCCCUGAGUUAUGGAUGUUGGUGCACUUACUUCAGGCCAGAUCAGAGCUCAGAGGGAUCUAACCAGAAGCAGCAACCACCGGCUCUCCACUUGCCUUUUACCAGGUUUUACCCUUCCAGUAUGUUUCUUUUGAUAAGACAUUUUCCAGCGCCCAGAGUUUCAGUACAAUGUGCAAAUGGAUACUGACAAAUGGUGCCUCAGCCUUUUCCCACCUGCCUUGUUGCUGCUUGCUGCUGCUCUUCUUGGUGUCUUCUGUGCCUGUCACCUGCCAUGACCUCAGCCAGGACAUGCUGUCCCCGGAGGCCACCAACUCUUCUUCUUCAUCAUCCUCCUCCUUCCCCUCGUCCUUCUCCUCUCCUUCCAGUGCGGGGAGACACGUGCGGAGCUACAAUCACCUCCAAGGCGACGUGCGCAAGAGGAAGCUCUACUCUUACAACAAGUACUUUCUCAAGAUCGAGAAGAACGGCAAGGUCAGCGGCACCAAGAAGGAGAACUGCCCCUUCAGCAUAUUGGAGAUAACAUCCGUUGAAAUUGGAGUCGUGGCAGUUAAGUCCAUUAAAAGCAACUAUUAUUUAGCCAUGAACAAGAAAGGAAAAGUCUAUGGCUCUGCCAAGCCCCUCUUCAAAACAGCAAGUAAACAGGCUUCACAUCUAUUCUAUCAACAGCAUGACAGUGAUUUGCACCCACCCAAAAAAGCACUUUUUCAUGGCCAGUGUGGUGUAAAGGAUCUUACUUUCAAUACAAAAAGGAGUUUAACAGUGAUUGCAAAUUGAAGGAAAGAAUAGAAGAAAAUGGAUAUAACACAUAUGCAUCCUUAAAUUGGAAGCACAAUGGAAGGCAAAUGUUUGUGGCUCUGAAUGGAAGGGGAGCCACAAAGAGAGGACAGAAAACAAGAAGGAAAAACACUUCAGCUCACUUUCUUCCAAUGGUAGUAAUGUCAUAGAUGAAGGAACUAUAUUAUCAAUUCAGUUGAAACAAAGGCUCUUAUGUCAAGCAUAAUUUGUAGUCCUCUUGAAGAGUAAAUGCAAAGAAAUAGCGCAGAUAUCUGCUUGUUUGAAAAGAGCAGGGGAAGCCUCUGAAGGUUUUGAACUCAUUGCUGGCAGAUCAAUAUUUACUUAUAUUUAGUUCAGUGUCAUAUCUUAAAAUCAAGAUACAAGCUGGAUGAAAUGGGAUGGAAGUUAUUGCCAGUGUGAACAAUUUUAUUAUUUUUUUUUAAUUUCUGCGACGGAUUUUAAGGGAUGAGAGACAAUCUAUUGAAUGAUCUUCAUGGGGAAAGUUAUUUAUGGAAUACUAACUUGUAUCAAAGACUUUAAUUGCUCUUUCAAGCCUAAUGAUCCAAUGAACAGUUAGACACGCAAGCAUUUACUGGAAGCACUUGGGUCAUAUGUACAAGCAAAGAUGUUUCUAGAGAAGCCCUGUGGAAGAACGGAUAGGAUUAAGGAAUAUAAGCAAAGUAGUGUAAAACUAUUCUAACAAAACAGAUAGUAUGGUUUGCUUGUAUGUUCUAACUUCAUUUCUUUUUAUUUCUCUCUAAGUUAUUUAUUUAAUAGGAUGUUAAAUAUCUUUUUGGUUUGAAAUGUUUUCCUCAUUUGCUUGUUGUUUUCCCUUUUUCUCAGUACUUUACACAGAGGUUGAUAAGUUCAAGUGUCAAAACCUCGUAAGUACACUGAGAAUAGGUAAUGGACAUGGCUUUAAAGGCAGAAUUUAAUGUGUAUAAUCCAUUUUUUUUUCUUAAACUGUCUUGCACUUAAGCAAAAAGACCAAACAAGCAGUGCUUGAAUUUAUGGUAUUGGGUGUUUAUGUUGGAGAGGUUUUUUUACUUCUCAACACUCAAGAACAAACUUCAAGAAAUACUUUGUUCAAAGGGUCUUUCUGCUGUUUUUAAAUUGAGAGGAGGGGCCACCUCUGUACUUGGGUGUCAAUGCAUCUCUGUGUAUAUAUGUCUGACUUGGAUUUCAAUGGGGAUCAAAGAUGCAUUGCAAUCAGUGAGAAACUUUGCGGCAAGCAUUGGGCUGGAACCUAGAUGUGGACAGCCCAGUUAAAAUCACUGAGACUGCACAUAUUAAAAGUAAAGAGUAUGUAAUUCCCAAGUGUAAAAUUUGGUCUCUGAAAGGUAAGUAAGAAGGCAACACAGUCCUGCACUCCUUAUUCAUUUAAUAUGCCCAUUCAGCACAUUUGUCCUUGUUACCAGCUUGUAGAAUCACAGGCAUAUACUGGGAGCAAUACCUAAAUAAGGACUGAGGGAUAGGGGAUUCAAAAUCAUGCUCAUGCAUUUAUCAGAGACUAUUACUCACAUGUAUAUUAUAUAUGAGAGCCAACCAAAAAGCUGUGCUGGUAUCCAGCUUUAGCAUGCCUUUCAUAUCCAUCAUAGUAACUGAAGGCUCAAAAUGCAUAAUAUCCAGCACAUUUUUAUAAAGUGUUACUAGUCCCAUGGCUUAACUUGAGCAACUGCAGUAUAACAAAGUUAAGCGUGAUAUGAAAUCUGUUCAAUUAAAGGUACAUAAGGUUUGUUUUAUGUUUUGCUUUACUCUGUAAUUUUAGAGAGCUCUGGAUAGCUCACCAAUAUAACCAUAUUGAGAUUCAUUUUGUUAGAGCAGAUAAAUAGAAAACAGUACAUCAAACAAUUUGUACCACUGUCUUCACAUUGUAUUCCACUAAAUAAAUAAAUAAGCCUUUGCAGUGUCUGUAGUAAGAAACAAAAGUAGUAUAAUAUUAUUUUGUUCUAAAUACUUUAAGUGAUAACUAUGAGAUUAUAUUGAUGCUGCAGUUUUAUCUUCAAUAUUUCUUGUUGUGAAAAAGUUGGUUUUAUUUUUAUUGUUUGGAAACUGUAUUUUGGUACAAAGGAGAGCCUUGCUUAAUGUGUCUUUUUGAGAAUGUUUAACCUCUAAAAAGUCUGGUGUUGGAGUCUUCUAUAACUUAUUUAAGUCAAUGUUUAACCAGCACUUCAAUCUUAACCUGUUAUUUAAAUAUUAGCUGUUUUUUUUUUUAAAAAAAAAGCAAAAAAUAAUAGCCUUCCCACAAAAAAACAAAAUGGUCAGAUUGUAUUUCCUGUCCUUAAAUAAAGUCAAUUGUU